AAAGGGUAUUCGGCAUCGCCAGAUACUAAUAGCAGGAUCCGUCGGUCCAUACGGUGCUUACUUACAUGAUGGUUCAGAAUACACUGGCACAUACGCUGAUAAGACUGCCGAGGAUACCAUGAGAGAGUGGCACAAACCACGCAUAGACACACUAGUUUCAUCUGGCGUAGACUUGCUGGCUCUCGAAACUAUACCCUGUCAAAAGGAAGCUCUAGUCCUAGUUGACAUGUUAAAACAGUACCCAAAUACAAAAGCUUGGAUUUCCUUAAGUUGUCAGGAUGAUAAGAGACUCGCUCAUGGAGAAGAUUUUCAAUCUGUAGCAAGGAAUUGUUGGAAAGCAAAUCCUGAACAACUUAUUGCUGUAGGAACAAACUGUUGUUCACCAAAAAUAGUAGCAAACUUAAUAAGAGGUAUUAGUGAGGGAAUGAGUUCCCCUAUACCCAUUGUCACAUACCCUAAUUCUGGAGAAAAAUACAAACCUGAUAAGGGAUGGAUAGAGGGUGAUUGUGGCUCUCUAGACUCUUUUGUACACGAAUUUUUAGAUCUGAAUGUGAGAUUUAUCGGAGGUUGUUGUAGAACAUACGCUGAGAACAUAACAAAGAUAAGAAAUAAAAAAGUUUUCGGUAUAUCUACUAGAAAGAAACACAGAGAUGAAAAAAUGAGAGCAAUAAUGAGAAAAAAUCAAGAGAUCAGAGAGGAAAACUUAAAACUAUCUUUUGAGAUAUCAAAAAUGAAAAAAGAAUUAGGAAAAUUAACAGAUGACAAGUUUACCGAUUACUUAACGUUAAUGAAAGAGCGCGAUGCGCGUUAUACGUUGUACUUCGAAAAUGUCGCGCUUCAGCUGAAGCUGCGCGAGUUGGACGGUACUUCUAGCUCUUCUUACAUUGAAGACGCUUACGGUGAUCCCGUUGUGCUUAGAAUUGCCCUAGAACGAUGUCGAGAACAACUAGCAACAGCUCAAGCGGAAGUGAAAAGAAUGGCCGACGAGUACUCGGAAACGGUGCCUCGGCGCGAACACGACAAUUUAGAUGCCAAGUUUUAUGAUGUUUCAAAGAAAUUGGAUUCUUUGACUUCCGAAUACAAAGCGUUGCAGAAUACACACAAACGGGUUUUAGCACAAAAGAAAGGCGUUGAAGAAGAAUUAAUGGAAUGCAAAGAAAGGUGCAGGGAACUAGAUCGCGCGGGGACGCCGCGCCCGCAGUGGGAGAUAUGCGCUGACUUCAUAGGGGGCGGGAGGGACAGAUGGUGGCAGUUGGCUAGCGGGCUAUCAUCGCGAGACAUGCUCAGGGUUCUGCUCAAAGAACUCGGACCUGCAGCUGAGUCGGAACACUUGGAAUAUUUUGACGGACUGGGAACAGAUCCUAUGAUCCCACCGUACCUUCGUUACGAGGGUCGCGUGCGCAACCUGCGCCUGUCACGAAGAGAGAUCAGCGUCAUCAUCAACGACGUGUGGCUCGGCAAAAUGAAGCGCAGAGAUGUCACCCUGCAGGACUAUCUCACGAAUUACUUUGAGGACAGAUACCAACAACCAUCCAUCCGUGCGGAGUGGGCUUACAACCUGUGUGCUGGCGCGGAACAAAUGCUGGACGAGCCUCAAGUGAAGUUGUUCUGGGGCGUCCUGCACGGACACCUGGCCGAGGAUAUCUACUGGGGGCUGCGGGCGCAGUGGUACGGCCUCAAGGACCAGCUCUACGGGCAGAGCCGGGAUGGGGAGACCAUCUCAAUCGAAGACUUCGAGAAAGUAGCAAGAGCCACUUUCCCGCUAAAAAGCGAAGUGGACAUCAAGAAUCUGACCGAUGUCGUGAAGAAGCAACUCAAAUUGAAAAUCAACGCUACUGACAUCAACUUGGAUAAGCUAUUUUUCGAGAAUGAGGAAGGUUUCGAGCGUGCAGAACUCGCUCGAGAACUAUUCAGACAGCGUCAGUUGGCUCAAGACAAAUACAUUCGAGAGCUCGUGGCAGAACUUGGAGGAAGACACGCCAAUAAGACCAUCACUGUCGACAGUUUGAAACGAGCUUUCGCUAUCGUUGACCCGGCAAUAAACCACAUACGUAUGGAACGCUACAUCCGCUGGGCGUUCUCGGACCAGACGUCUGAGCUCAGUAGCAUCAGCCCGAUACCGCUCCGCUCUCUCAUCACUAGGCUUGCGGCUGGAGACAUAGAGAGGGUAGGACAGCGUUACAAGGGGGCUAGGAGACUUAAAUAAACAUUUAUUGUAACACGUAUUUUAACUAUUUGUUAUUAUAAUUACGACACAAAUGUAUAUCAUUGUCAUUUUCAAUAGGUAUUUGGAUAAAAAAUAUAUUUAUUAGCAACAAUAAA